AUAUUUAUUAUCAUUUAUCUUCUCUAUUAAUAAGUGGGUGAGCCCAAACCCUAGCUCCUGUCGAAGUAUUUCUCCUCGGUGCGGGCCUCCGGAACCCGCCGCCACUCGUUUCCUCGGACCUCGGGUUCUCCAUCUCAUCCCUCCGUCGCCUGUUAUUUCCAGUCUGUUCAGCUCGAUUUCUCUGAUCGAGUAACUCAAUAGACAUGGGCUCGAAGAAGGGUGAGAAUCCCCGAUUCGGAGAUGGAGCCAGUCCCGGAAAAAUUUUCAUUGGUGGGCUGGCCAAAGAUACAUCCCUAGAUACUUUCACGAAGUAUUUCGCGAAAUAUGGAGAGAUUACAGAUUCGGUAAUAUUGAAAGAUCGACAAACUGGUCGGCCUAGGGGUUUUGGGUUUAUAACCUAUGGUGAUCCUUCUGUUGUUGACAAGGUUAUUGAAGAAACGCACAUUAUUAAUGGCAAGCAGGUUGAGAUCAAAAGAACCAUUCCAAAAGGUUCUCAUGAUUUCAAGACUAAGAAAAUUUUUGUGGGAGGGAUUCCUACUUCAGUCAGUGAAGAUGAGUUCAAAGAUUUCUUUUCAAAGCAUGGGAAGGUGGUAGAACAUGAGAUUAUACGUGAUCAUGCAACGAAGCGCUCUCGAGGUUUUGGAUUUAUUGUAUUUGACAGUGAACAGGCGGUUGAUAAGAUACUGGCUAAUGGAAAUAUGAUUGAUAUGGCUGGUACAAAGGUUGAGAUCAAGAAGGCUGAGCCAAAGAAACCCUCAAACCCAGCAUCUGUUCCUGCAUUUGGUAGUGACACUAGGGCGCGUACAUACAAUGAUGGUUUUGGUGGAUUUGGCGACACUUAUAGUGGUUUUGGUAGUGGUGGAUUUGGCCCUCCUUCCUAUAGGUCCCUUGAGGGUUUUGGCAGUAGGUUUGGUGAUUAUGGUGGGUAUGGUAGUGGUGGUGGUGGCGGUGGCGGCAGUGGUGUAGGGGGUGCAAGUGAAUUUGGUGGUGGUUAUGGAGGUUUGGGUGGUAGUGCUUACAGAGGAGAACCCUCCUUUGGCUAUUCUAGUCGCUUUGGUUCUUAUGCUGGAGGGCUUGGUGGGGGAUAUGGUGGGAGUGGAUUAGGUGCAUUUGGUCGUGGUGGUGGCGGCGGUGGCAGCUAUGGGAGUUAUGGCUCAGGCUCUAGUGGUGGUUAUGAUGCAAGCCCAGGUGCUGGUUAUGGUGGCGCGGGAGGAUUUUAUGGGAGUAGGGCAGGUUAUAGUGGUGGUAGUCGUUACCAUCCUUAUGCAAGGUAGACAUGCAUAAUCUUUCCUGUAGAAGCAGCAUGCAGGGGUGGUCUUAUUUUUCAUUUAUUGCAUCUUGUGAUUUGGUAGACACAGUCACCAGUGAGGCACUUAAUGCAAGGCAUCCCCCUCUAGAAGAUUGGAACCGUUAGUUUGCCUAUUCACCCCUAUGCUAGAUUGUCAUCAAUCUUGAGCUUGUGUCUAUGUUUGUCAGCUUAUUAUAGUUAGACUUCUAUUUUGUUAUAAAAUAUGGAUUAGAAGUAA